AUGCGGCCUCUGGCCCCGCGGAAGAAUGAGGCACUCCGUCACCUCAAACGGAUAGCAGACAACCGAUGGAGGAUAGACCCAGUCGCGGACGUAUCUUAUGACCUACUGACCAAUGACCUGAUAUACAGCGCCCGGGACAUCGCUCGGCUAGUCAAGGUUCACUCGGAAGGCACUAAGACCAGGACAACGAGCACGGCUGUCCAAAACCUCCACGACACGUACCUGAAAUACGCGGCCGAGGAAGACCUGCAAGAAAAUGUCGAGCUGAUGACCGAGGCCCUCACGAGGUGCAUGUGGCACUUCGACCAGACGUUCUUCUUCGGCCUCAUGCGGCGCCACGUGCGGCACGCCGGCAGCCAGCCCGCCCACAACCCGAAACUUGCAGGUGGUCUGGCCCGCUACGAACUAAUCAACCUCGACGUCAGAGACCGCAUGCACCGCACCCUCAAGGCGCAGUGGGACCCGACCAUCGACCACAUCAUCAUCUGGGUGCGCGACGCGGACGGGAACCUGCGCGAUUUCGACGAGCUGCUGGGCGAUAUGCUGCACGAGAUGUGCCACGCGUGGAUGGACCGCUUCUCGGACUCGAUGGACGAGCGCCACGAGCGCUGGGUCGAUCUCGAUGACGGCCACGGCGAGAUGUUCUGGAAUCUGCUUGUUUUUGUGCUGCAGAGGGCGCAUGGGUGGCUGGGCGGCGCUGCGUUGCUGAGGAUGCGGGAUGAGGCGCGUCGGGAUUGGACGGAGGCUCGUGCGCGGGAGGUGUAG